GCCGUGUUAGCAAACAGUCGUCGCCCCCCACAAGAAAUCCACAAGAAAGCGAGGCCCAAAACACCAAAAACCGUUUUUGGCCACUGCGAUUGCGAUUGCGAUUACGAUUACGAUUGUGAGGCGAACAACGACAACAACAACAACAACGACGACGACGACGACGACGGCAACGACUAUAACUUUUUUGUUGUUUUUUGACUACUACUCAAAAAAGAAAAACAAACGGGAGUGCAGAACGUAAACGGAGGCGUCUCAGACAAUUCGACAACAGUUACUACCCCCCGCUCCCCUCCGGUUGACUGCUGCCUGUCUCCCCACCAAAACAAAAUACAUGAUUAAUCGCCAGUUAUAAAGAUCCUAUAAACAAAAGCAAACAACAACUCGCUUUUUUCGUUCUUUUUUUUUUGCAAGUGUUUUGUUUUCCUGCUUGUUGUCGUAGGUUCAACAACGGCAACAACAACAACCCAACAACAACAACAACAACAUCGCAAUCACAUAUCAUAUCAAGAAAAGCAAAGGAUUUGGUUCCAAGUGAAUUUCGUGUCAAUUUGCAAAGCAAAGCAAAAAUUCUUAAGAAAAUUGCUAGACAAAUCUGCUAUAUAUAUAUCCAUAUCCAUAUAUAUAGAUGAUUAUAUUUUUUUGUUCUUGUGUGUGCGCGUUUAAGUGCUAAACCAAUAUACAAAAAGAGAGUGUGCGGUGCUGUGUGUGUGUGUGUGUAUGUGUUCGUGCGGUAUCAGUGUAUGCGUGCAGCUUCCUGUGCAACCGGUCCAAGGCUCAGGCGACAAGUAACAAGCAAGCUCUGCACCUGCAGAAGAAAUAUAAGAAAAAUAUUGCUUAAAGAAAAACCCGUUUUGUUGUUAUUUCUUUUUUUUUGUUGUAUUUCGGGAAGCUGCUAAACUCGAACAAGCAACAAAGCAACAACAACAACUCCAAGCUGAGCCACAGGCAGCCCAAGGCCGCCCAACAACAACUGCAACUGCAACAGCAACAGCACCAACAACAACAACAACAACAACAAGCGGAAAAUUGUGUUGUUGUUGUGCGCUUUUCCUUCAACGGUGCUGCUGCUGAUUUUUCUUCAGCCUCAACUGUGGACAUUUCCUUUAUGCACGAAUAAAGGCGACUUGCAACGCGCCUAAUCACGAUGUUGCCAUAUCGUCAGCCCCUGCUGACUCUGCUCCUGCUUGCCACGCUGCUCGUCCUGCCAAAUGCCACGCUGGCCAAGUCAAAGAAGGGCAACAAAUCGAACCAGAACUCACACUACAGCGACUCCUCCUCCUCCUCGAGUGGCAGCAGCAACAGCAACAACAAUGCGGGCAACAGCGACGAAACGACAAAAAUCAAAGGACACGGCGAUGGAGGCCAACACUUUGCCAUGGAGCCACAGGAUCAGACCGCUGUCGUCGGCUCACGCGUCACGCUGCCGUGUCGCGUCAUGCAAAAGGUCGGUGCACUGCAAUGGACCAAGGAUGACUUUGGCCUCGGCCAACAUCGCAAUCUCAGCGGCUUCGAGCGCUACUCGAUGGUGGGCAGCGAUGAGGAGGGCGAUUUCUCGCUCGACAUUUAUCCGCUGAUGCUCGACGACGAUGCCAAAUACCAAUGCCAGGUGGGACCCGGGCCACAGGGUGAGCAGGGCAUACGAUCGCGAUUCGCCAAUCUGACGGUCCUUGUGCCACCCGAGGCGCCAAAGAUACUACAGGGUGACUAUCUGGUGACCACCGAGGAUCGUGAAAUUGAACUCGAAUGCGUGUCGGUGGGCGGCAAACCAGCUGCGGAAAUCACCUGGAUCGAUGGCCUGGGCAAUGUCCUCACCGCCGAGAGUUUCUUUGAACCGCUCGCCGAUUCCAGACGCGUCACCACCAAAUCCGUCCUCAAGCUGGCGCCCAAAAAGAAAUAUCACAAUACGACAAUCACGUGUCAGGCGCAAAACACCGCCGAUCGCACAUAUCGCUCAGCCAAGGUGCUGCUUGAGGUGAAGUAUGCGCCCAAGGUGUCCGUUUCAGUGGUGGGCGGUGCUCUCGCCGAGGGACGCAUCCUGGAGGGCUCUGAGGUCAUUCUCGGCUGCCAGGCGGAUGCGAAUCCGCACGAGGUCAACUAUCGCUGGUUCAUCAAUGACGAGCUCAUGACUGGUGACUUUACCACCAAAAUGAUCAUACACAAUGUAACGCGACAAUAUGACGAGGCGAUCGUCAAAUGCGAAGUGGUCAAUGCCGUUGGCAAGAGCGAGGAAACCGAAACACUCGACAUCAGCUAUGGUCCCGUGUUUCGACAACGACCCGCCAGCAAGGAGGCGGACUUGGGCGCCACUGUAACGAUGCGCUGUGAAGUGGCCGGAAAUCCUGCGCCGAAGAUCGAAUGGAUCAGCGAGAACUCCGAUCGGGUUGUGGGAAACUCACCGGAACUGAAGAUCAAGGUGAGCAGCAAUACGGCGGGACGUUACUUCUGUAAGGCGACGGUCGAGGGUUUUUCCGAGAUCGGUGCCGAGGCCACGAUCUAUGUGAAACGUGCACCGAUCAUCACCUCACAAAAGGUGCAAUUCGGUGCCGUUGGCUCGCGGGCAAAGAUCGAUUGUCUGGCCUUUAGCAUACCGAAGGCAGAGCAUAUCCUCUGGUCCUUUGAGGGGAAGUUGAUUAACAUGAGCAGCGCCGAUCCGGAUAUCUACAUAUUCGAGGAGCAUCAUCUGCCCGAGGGCGUGCGUGCUGCACUGAUCAUCAAGGAGAGCCGAUCGACGCAUUAUGGCAAAUACAAUUGCACCGUACUGAAUUCGUAUGGCGGUGAUUCGCUGAUGAUUACACUUGUUCCCGAACCGGGCAGCAUACCCGUUGUCCUCGUCGUCUUGGGAUCGAUCUCAACGGUGGCCAUUGUGCUGCUGAUCGUGAUGAUUGUGAUCGUGUAUGGCAAGCGACGCAGUCGCAAGAAGCCAAUGCCAGCCGAUGUUAUACCGGAGGCAUCGCGUGGCGGCGAUAAGCUCAACGAACUGAAGAGCGAACUGCGCUCCAAGGCCUACGAUGUGGAGUACUCCGAGGCGGGCAACGAUGGCCUCGCCAUCAAUCUCACCCAGACGCCAAUGCCGGAUGUGCAAAUGAAGGGCGCCACCUUGGGUGUUCCACUCGCUGGUCCCGUUAAGUUCGACGAACGCUUCUCGGGCGAUUAUGGCGAGCGUUACAAUCGCCAGUGUCACAUCAAGAAUCUGAAGAAUCAACAGGAGCAGGCCUACAAGGAGAGCACCACCAAUGGCUAUGCGCCGUACUUUGAAUACGCUCUCGACUACAGUCCGCCCACCGACAGUGGCAAGCCGAAAGCCGGCGGCGUCGGUGUCGGCGGUGGCGGUGGCGGUGGCAUCAACUCAGCCACCUUGCCCCACUAUGCAGCCAAUGUGGCAACCUCAGCGGCUGGCGGCGGUGGUGUUGUCACAUCGACCACCAUGGGCGGAAGUGGGGCCAGCUUGCCACGCAAUCAGCGUCACGAGCUGCACCAGCAGCAGCCACAGACAUCGCAGGCCAACGGAUUUCUGGGUCAACCGCUGUUGCAGAACGGCAUCGAUAGUCGCUUUAGCGCCAUCUACGGCAAUCCGUAUCUACGCACAAAUUCAUCCAUUUUGCCACCGCUACCGCCGCCGAGCACCGCCAAUCCAGCGGCCACGCCCGCCCCACCGCCCUACCAUGCUGCCCGGCAUGCCAACAGCAACGGGGGCCUGAAGCACUUCAUUGGCAGCGGCUACGGGGCGAGUGCCAGCCUCAGCAUGGGUUCUGCAACCGGAACCGGAGUCGGCGGUGGAGUUGGAGUUGGAGUCGGUGGCGGAGUUGGAGCUGGGAGCAGUGCGAGUGGCGGACCUGGCAGCGUCAGUGGCAGCAGCUCCAAUUUGACGGCGAGCAGUAAUACGCUGGCGGCCACGCCUCUCACACAGCCCUCGCUCUGCGGUGGCCCCUUAGGAGGCGUGGGCGUGGCUGGGUCACAGCAGAGUGCACAAAGUCCCUCCGGGCAGUUCAUACUGCCCACCAAUGGCAAGGGCGUUACACAAAAGGGGCCGCUGGCCACGCAUGUUUAAGCGAGUAGCGGAGCCGGAACUGGAACUGGAACUCGAGACGGAGCCGGAACCGGAACCGGAACUGCAAUUGGAGCUCGCAUUAGCCGAGUGUAGCGCAUAUUUAUUCGAUCUGUAUUUGUAUUUGUAAUGUCUAGACUCUAGACUCCCCCUAGGAAACUAAGCGCAGUUCUAAUGUGUGUGUAAUAUUUUUUUUUUGUUUUUUUUUCGAACAUAAUUCGAUCAUAUAUAAAAAAAACCGUAUUGUGAUUUAUAGCGUUAAUUAUUUUAUGGCAAACUCAAGCAAAGAAAACAUUUAACAAGAAAAUGCAACAAAAAAAAAGAAACGAAAAAAAAAACAAAUCGAAUGAAAACGAAUAUGAAAAUGAAAAGAGAAAAACAGAAAAAAAAAAAAACAGUCAGUAAGGCAAAUAUAUAUAUAUAUAUAUAUAGUGCAAAUUUUAAGAUCGAUGAGAUUAUCGAUUGAACAAAUGAAAUGAAAUCUAUAUCAAUUAUCGAAAACGUAUCGAAAUGCGAAACUUGAAAAGUUCAUUUUAACCGCGAGUUGAAAGCAAAACCACAAAACAUUGCAAACUAUUCACAAAACAAAAACGAAAAACAAAUUAUAAUAUGAAAAAAAAAUAAAUAAAUAAAUGAACAUAAAUAAUAAUAUUGCCUGUAGUUAGUUCCAAAGUAAAACGCAGCAGCAUCCGCAACAUUUUCUAAGCCAAAAUUUAUUACAUUUUUAGACUUACAAAACGGACUAAAAUACAUGCUAGAAAAUACUUCAAAACGACUGCGGCAAAAGCCGUUGUUAUUAUUACAAUUUGGUCAAGUUACGGCACUGUAUAAAAUGAACUAGUUCCAAGUCAAAUAUAAUCCAACACAAAAAAAAUAAGAAUCUUGUAAGGAUCUAAAUUAAUUAUUUCACUGCCCAAUAUCUUUAUUUUUUUUCUUUAUGUUUACGUAUAUUAUCCGAUUGUUAUACAAUUUUCGACAAAAAGGUCUCUUAACUACCACCCAAAUUCAUUACAGGGUAUACAGUGUAUCAGCUUGACCGAAUUGCGAUAGCACAGCGUCAAUGUGAAACCAUUUCAAUUUUAGCCACUAAGACAUAAAACCUAAAAUAAAUUAUGUAUUUAUAUGUAAAUUACAAAUUGAUAUAUUACAUAUCUAUAUACGUAUAUAUAUCAUAAUGUAUAUGGAUCGUAUAUAUAUAUAGCGCAUUUGUGUAUGUAGGCCAGAUGGUUUAACGCUUAACUUAAUUUACUAAAUAGCUGUAAAAGAAAAGUAAUGAAAUAUUUAAUCGUAAUUCGAUAUACAUACGAGUAUAAGUAGUACAUAAAAAAGAAAACAAAAUUAUAUAUAUAUAUAUACAUAUAUAUCUACAUAAAAGCAAGUGUAAUACACUGCAAUUUUUUUUUCUGCAUAGUAAAAAUACACAAAAAAGUAAAAUUAGAAUAAGAAUUUAAACAUUUUAAACAUAAUCUAGAAACCGAAAUGAAAACAAAACAGCUUAGCGAAAUUUGUAAAACAUAU